AGCUAGAUUUGCCUACAAUACAUAAACCAACUCGAGCAAUUUAUUAAAAGAUAGAUUUACUCGUCAAAUACAAAAUUUAAUAAUGUAACAAGUCUAAACAUUUUGUUACUAGCGUUCUGUUGCAUUGUUUUUGGUUUUGUUUAUUUCCAAUGAAAAGCCAGGAGGUGUAAAUGUUAUUGUAAAACACUUUUCGUUGUCUGUGAGCGCUGUAUGAACCGCUAUGUGGGUGCAAUUCAUGAAGCCAGUCAGUUGGCGUGUCUAUUUAUAGGAAUAGACUGGAAUAGAACUCGCAAGAGUUACAACAGGGCAACACGCGAUCUGGGCAUGGACAUGGUACCUGGCCACUCUGCACAGAAUAAUCACACAAACACUGGACUCUACGCUAAACCGUGGCCUAGAAGAACAAAAUGCCUACGAGCCAAACUAGAUCUAGAGCGAGAGACCGGAACAACGUGCUGAACAGAACGGAGUUCAUGUCUCUCCAGCAGCCAUUGAGGAACAGCAGUAAUACCGAAGCUCGUGCACGGAGGCCGUCGCACAAACAGCCGCAGUUUGCACACGCGAGCGCCGGAGACAACGCGCAGCAGGAACCGGGAGAUAGCAGCAAAGAGAGGAAAGAGGAGGAUUGCAUGCAGCUCAACCCGUCAUUCAAGGGUAUAGCGAUGAACUCUCUGUUAGCUAUAGAUAUCUGUAUGUCAAAGCGACUCAGCCUGUGCGCGCACACGACAUCGUCAUGGGGCAGCGCGCGCUCCAUGGUCAAACUGCUCGCGCUUACCGGCCACGGCAUCCCGUGGAUCAUCGGCACGCUGGUGUGUAUUACCAGGAGCAACACACUAGCUGGCCAGGAGGUUUUAAUCAAUUUGCUGCUUGCUCUCUUAUUGGAUGUGAUGACUGUGGCUGGAAUGCAAAAGUUGGUGAAGCGCAAAGGACCCUGGGAGAUGUCACCCAGUUUCCUUGACUACCUGGCCAUGGACACCUACUCCUUCCCAGCAGCACAUGCAAGCCGUGCUGUCAUGGUGUCGAAGUUCUUGUUAGCACAUUUGAUUCUUGCAGUUCCUUUGCGCAUUUUGCUUGUUCUGUGGGCUGUGCUGGUAGGAAUGUCACGUGUAAUGCUGGGUCGCCAUCACCUUACAGAUGUAGGAUGUGGUUUUGCCUUAGGAUUUCUCCAUUACAGUUUAGUGGAGAUGGUAUGGUUGUCUCCCAGCACGUGUCAGGCAUUAAUUUCUAUUGGAACACUUAACUGGAGCCCCCUGUAUUGAUUAUAGUGUGAUUACCUGCAGCCUUUUAAUCAGUCUAAAAUCUCUUGGCCCACUGCCCAUACUGCAGAGUUAUAGUGAUAAUGCAUUUGUGCAUAUUUGGAGAGAAUUGUAAGUAAUUUUGAAACUUGAAUUAAAAAUGUUUUUUUCUAGUCAUUUCAAAGUUAUUUAGGACAGAUUUAUGGGAGGCAAGGGAGUCGCAAACAGCCUGAAAAUUUGAUGAAAACAUAGCAAGGUCCAUGCAAUAAAUUAUGUUGUUUUGCAGGGUUAUAAGGCAAAAACAUCUAUGUGCAACAGAUGUGAUGAUUUGCUUUGCUUUUUUGUGUUGUUGCUGUUCUGAGUGAGAGAAUGUUUGCUCAGGGAUUUUUUGCAACAGUAAUAUAAAACAUACAAAGGCAUUUAAAAUCUGGUUUAUUUAAGAUUGGAUGAAAUAAAAAAGUCUCAAAAGUAUUGGGUGUAAGGAAAGGAAUAAAAGGGGGAAAAGCUUUCUGUCUGGAAAAAAAGGUCUACAGUGCUGUAUAUACAUGUAUGUACAUUCAGAGUUGAUAACAUACUUGCUAACAAUCUGUGAUUUAUUAUGAGCAUUUGACAGAAAUGUUAUACUGUUAUAGUGAGAGAGAGAGAGAGAGAGAGAGAGAGAGAGAGAGAGAGAGAGAGAGCGUAACUUUAUAUUGUUUACUUAUUAACAUAAAGUAUGCAAGAAUGUUUGAUAGAAAAUGAAAACCCAGAAAAGUGUUUUAAGGUAAAAAAAAAAAAAUGCAUUGUACCAGUAUAAAUAAUUAUACUCAUUGUCUUUUUGAUUAAAGUUUGGGAUGCAACCAUCUGCUC